UAAAUACCCCCAACUAAAUGCAUUGAGAGCACUCACUCAUUUCAAGUUUUCAAACCCCAAACACAAGCAAAAUUUUCACACAGAGAGAGAGAGAGAGAGAAGGUAUGGAUCAUGGGCAUAUGGGAGGCAUGGCAUCACCACCAUCACCACCAUCAUCCACGAUGAACGGCUCAAAUGGGAUGAUGCACCAUAAGAUGAUGAUGCACAUGACCUUCUUCUGGGGCACGAACGCCGAGGUGCUCUUCUCCAAGUGGCCAGGCUCAAGCACCGGCAUGUAUUAUGUGUGUCUGCUCUUUGUCUUUGCCCUAGCUGUCAUCGUCGAGUGGCUGUCUCAUUGUCGUUUAAUCAAGGCUGGCUCAAGCGACGUCGUUUGUGGACUGGCCCAGACUUUCCUGCAUGCCAUUAGGGUUGGGCUGGCUUAUAUGGUCAUGUUGGCCGUCAUGUCGUUUAAUGUUGGUGUGUUUCUUGUGGCUGUGGCUGGGCACACUAUUGGGUUCUUGCUGUUUGGGAGUAGGGUUUUCAAGAAACCAGAUCCUCAGGAUGAAAAGGGCUCUGAUCUUCCUCCCAUGAGUUGUUGAUUAUUUUCAUUAAUGGAAAUAUUAAAUGGGGCUUCUUCUUUUUCUUGAUUUUGGACUUAAUUUUAUGAAUUUCUUUUCAGAUUUUGUUUGGUGGUCUUGAAUAUAGACGAUAAAUAUUUACCAAAUUA